GGAAGCUUCUCCCGGGUUUAGUCUGAAAGAAGAAAGUUACUGAAAUCUUGAACAACCAUUCAGAGACACACGAGAACAAGGAAACAACACUGUGAUUCAUCCAAAUAUGUCAGGUUUAUUUUCAGGAAAGAUUCAAAAUUACGCACGACUGAUUCCUCAGCAUCAAGACAUACAAGUAGUUUAUCGUUGUUUUCUCUCAUCAGCUGUUAAUCUUGGAACAGAGACUCUCGUGUGAAAGAAAGAACGAAGUCACAGAGUUCCUCGAAAAGGAGGAGGAUUACAGGAAGGUCUCUGAGCCACAAUUUAUCACUCACCGUCCAGCCUCCGGACGCGCUCCACAUCUCUGCUGCUGUGCGCUUUGCGGUUCAGAAAAUGGAGAAUAAAAUAAACGGAAGGAUGAUCACCAUGGGUGUUGCCAUCGUCGAUUCAACCGAUACAAGAGUGGGUGACUGCAGUGAAGCCGGGUACGGUAAUAUUAAACUACCCACAGAGGCACAGGGUCUAACUUGCAUGCCACCCUCCGUGCGUAAUUUCGGUAACGCUGGCGCACUGAUCCAUGGGCUCCACUCCAGCGUCGAGGGUGAUGUUUUUAAAGAUUGUAAUGUGCUCGAUGGUUCUAUCGCUUCAAAACACUUUUACGACCGGGGCAGUGAGUUUCUUAAGUGUGACAGUUUGCCAUGGGAAGAGUUUGUAAAAGUUCAGAGGACGGAUUUGGCCACGUCCGAAAGUUUGCCAGGCGCAGCGACAGUCGGAGCGCGUAAAUUCAUAAAAGACGAAAAGGAGCCCUCGGGAAUUAUGGAGACCCCGUGUCCUAACUUUGACCCAUCACCGGAGAUACCGGCUCUUGCCAGCUGCUGUGACUCCUACAUGAAGCCGCAGCAGCUCGGGCUCGGUGACGCGGAGUCGACGAGCUUCGGGACGGCAGCCACCGCGGCUCCUCGGUCGGUGCUGGACGCUUCUCCGAACUUCCUGAUGGACCUUAACCAGCCGGAGCAGCUGUCGGCGCUGGGCCAGGCGAGGGCCGACUCCAGGUGCGGGUCUACCGGGAAGACCGUCAUCAACUUUGACGCCAACAAUCACGCAGCAGCGCAGCAGCCGAUGUUUAAGAACGAGGUGGCCCGGUGGCAGAUGCCAGCUGAGCCCCAGUACUGGUGCCAGUCCGCAGCUGUGACCGACGACCCGUUCACUCUCGGCUGCUAUGAUGGGAUCCAGACCCAGGCCCUCACCCAGAGGAACCAUUUACCCUUCGCUGCAUUCCCCGGUAUGCCGCCACAGAGACAGUGUUUGAUCUGCGGCGAUGAGGCGUCAGGUUGUCACUACGGUGUUUUGACCUGUGGGAGCUGUAAAGUCUUUUUUAAAAGAGCAGUCGAAGGUCAUCACAGCUAUCUGUGCGCCGGGCGGAAUGACUGCAUUGUGGACAAAAUCCGGAGGAAAAAUUGCCCAGCAUGUCGCCUCAGAAAGUGCUAUCAAGCAGGGAUGAUGCUUGGAGGCAGGAAGCUGAAGCGUUUCGGGGCCAUGAAAGCCUUGGGUCUGGCCCCGUCCCUGAUGUUCCAGUCCCACUUGGCCAUGUCCAGCGACAGUCAGACCUUGACCUCCAUGUCUUGCAUACCAGGCAUCCGAGAGGUGCAGCUCAGCCAACAGAUCAUCAAUAUCCUGGAAAACAUUGAACCGGACGUCAUGUACUCCGGCUAUGACAACUCCCAGUCCGACGUGCCCCAUCUCCUGCUCACCAGUCUCAACAGGCUGUGUGAAAAACAGCUGCUGUGGAUCGUCAAGUGGUCCAAGUCUUUGCCAGGAUUUCGCAAUCUUCACAUCACCGAUCAGAUGACCCUCAUCCAGUACUCGUGGAUGAACCUGAUGGUGUUUUCGCUCGGGUGGCGCUCUUAUCAGAAUGUCACCAGUGAAUAUUUAUACUUUGCACCCGACCUGGUUCUUAGCCAGGAGCAAAUGAGGAGAACUCCGAUUUACGACCUCUGCCUGGCAAUACAGUUCAUUCCCCAGGAGUUUGCAAACCUCCAAGUCACCCAUGAGGAGUUUCUCUGCAUGAAAGCCAUAAUACUUCUCAACACAGUGCCUCUUGAGGGACUCAAAAGUCAGGCAGUGUUUGAAGACAUGAGACAGAACUACAUCCGGGAGCUGACCAAUGCGAUCCACAUGAGGGAGAAGGGCAUGGUGGCCAGCUCCCAGCGAUUUUUCCACCUCACCAAACUCAUGGACACCAUGCACGAUAUAGUGAAGAAGGUCAACCUGUUCUGUCUGAGCACCUUCAUCCAGGCCGACGCCAUGAAAGUGGAGUUUCCAGAGAUGAUGUCAGAGGUCAUUGCCUCCCAGCUUCCUAAGGUCCUGGCCGGCAUGGUGAGGCCCCUCUUAUUCCACAGCAAAUGACGAUGCCAGCGUAGACGUCACGACCCUGCGGAGACAUCCUGCGACUGGAUUACUCAGCAACCCACCGAUUACAAAUGUAGUCAGUCAUCUGUAAUUUGCCAAACUGCCUCUGAUGCUCUUUAUGAGGUGAACUACAAUGAACAUGUUCCUUAAAAAUACGUUUUAAGUCCAGAACCAUCUUGAAUAUUAUAAAUUCAGAGGCAUGAAUCAGUGAAGCUCCUCUGUAUGAUUCUAGUGCAGCCGUCCUCUUCGAGAACCUCUAGAGAUAGAGAUAUUUUUGUACUACAGCAUAAAUAUUCAGUGUUUCUAACCCAAAGUGUUCCCUCAAUAAAGGAGACGUGCAGGAGACACAGAAAGCUGCCACUUUAAGUAAUCGUGUUAUUUUAGGGUUAACAGCACCUUCGUCAGGGAGGAAGACAACUCUCAUGUGUUUAAACCAAGACCCAACAGUCCCGUUAAAUUCAAUCAAUCUGCACCAAAUUGCACACAUGUGUAAAUG